AGUAGGUCGUAUUAGAUAAGAACAGGGUGGACGCUAGGGCCUGGUAGUCUGUAGGCCUGUUGCACUCCGCGCUCUGUACUGAGAAAGGCGGCCCGUCUAGACUCCCUCCUCCCCGGUCAGUCCCGCUGCCUGCAUUAGCUAGGUGCCUUAACGGUCACCGCGCCACUAGUUUGGAGAGGUGCUGAAGCGAUUACAGCAGAAAGAUGGCGGACGACCCCAGCGCGGCGGACAGGAACGUGGAGAUAUGGAAAAUCAAGAAGCUUAUCAAAAGUUUGGAAGCUGCCCGUGGUAAUGGCACCAGCAUGAUCUCCCUGAUCAUCCCUCCAAAGGACCAGAUUUCCAGAGUGGCCAAGAUGUUGGCUGAUGAGUUCGGCACUGCUUCCAACAUUAAGAGUCGAGUCAACAGACUUUCUGUGCUCGGGGCCAUCACUUCUGUACAGCAAAGACUAAAACUCUACAAUAAAGUGCCACCCAAUGGUUUGGUUGUAUAUUGUGGCACCAUUGUCACAGAGGAAGGCAAAGAAAAGAAAGUCAAUAUCGACUUUGAGCCUUUUAAGCCAAUCAACACCUCCCUGUACCUCUGUGACAACAAGUUCCACACUGAGGCAUUGACGGCCCUCCUCUCUGAUGACAGUAAGUUUGGCUUCAUUGUGAUCGACGGAAGUGGCGCACUGUUCGGCACGCUGCAGGGCAACACCAGGGAGGUGCUGCACAAGUUCACUGUGGACUUACCCAAAAAGCACGGUAGAGGAGGUCAGUCUGCUCUGCGUUUUGCUCGUCUGAGAAUGGAGAAGAGACAUAACUAUGUGAGGAAAGUAGCUGAAACAGCAGUCCAGCUCUUUGUGUCCAACGACAAAGUUAAUGUGGCUGGAAUGGUCCUGGCUGGCUCUGCUGACUUCAAGACCGAACUUAGCCAGUCCGACAUGUUCGACCCCAGGUUACAAGCCAAGGUUUUGAAGCUGGUAGACAUCUCAUAUGGAGGGGAGAACGGUUUCAACCAGGCCAUCGAACUCUCUGCAGAGGUUCUCUCAAAUGUCAAGUUCAUCCAGGAGAAGAAGCUCAUAGGGAGAUACUUUGAUGAGAUCAGUCAGGAUACAGGAAAGUACUGCUUUGGUGUUGAGGACACACUCAAAGCCUUGGAAAUGGGAGCGGUGGAGAUCCUCAUAGUCUACGAGAACUUGGACACUAUGCGUUACAUUCUACGUGUACAUGGGGCCGAGAGCAACGGAGCGGAGAAUGAUGAGAAGACUUUGUACCUAACACCCGAGCAGGAGAAAGACAAGUCUCACUUCACAGACAAAGAGACGGGGCAGGAGCAUGAGCUGAUUGAGAGCAUGCCGCUACUGGAGUGGUUUGCUAACAACUACAAAAAAUUUGGAGCCACGCUGGAGAUAGUAACAGACAAAAGCCAGGAAGGAUCCCAGUUUGUCAAGGGCUUUGGGGGCAUUGGUGGUAUCUUGCGGUACAGGGUGGAUUUCCAGGGCAUGGAGUACCAAGGAGAGGACGAUGAGUUCUUUGAUUUGGAUGACUACUAGGUAGUCUUGGACUGAUAUUGGGAGAAAAAAAAAAUCAAGGAAUGAAUGAAGAAAUGAGGAAAGAAAAAAAGCCACCUCUCUUGCAGCAAGUGAGAGGUGCAACUGUGUUGACCAUAUAUAUGACAGACACACCUUUCAAUUUACCUGUUGCAUACACAGACUUGCACAUACAUCUGUACACACGACAAAAUGCAUCACACAGGCUGAAGAGGAGUGAGAUUUUCUUUCAUCCAGAGAGGGAGAAAGCCCUUCCUGAAUAAAUCCCUGCCUUAGAGUGCUGGUUCCUUCCCCUAGCUGGAUUGGACUUGACUCAUUUUUGUUCUUUUUUUUUUUUCUUUUUUCUUUUUUUUUUCCCCCUCCUCCCCUCCAUUAUGAAUGAACACAACAGCAAGUUCCCAGAAUCCUCGCUGCCCCUAACCUGGUCUGAAGAUGAACUAUGGACUCACUCUCCCCAUUAUAGAAAAUAUAUUUUCCUUUCUGGCCUCAUCAUGUCCCUACCCUCUCUCUUUCCCUUCUAUGCUUUCUCUCUCUCUUUUUUUGCAUUUCAUUUUUUUACUGGUAACUGCUGCUGUUGUAUUUUAUGAGAGUGGGGGAUUUUUUUUACCUGGGUUUCUGUAGAGAAAGGGGGACAAAGUAUUAAAUUUGAACUGCUGAAAACCA